AUGGGGUGCAUCGUCUCUACUGCACAGGGGGGUGUAAGAGAUGUAGCAGAAGAGGACCUGGAUGAGGACUUGGUAAUAGCUCUCCCCCAUGGUCUGGGGUGUCUGUACACCCGAACGCGGCGGCGGAGGGACGAGGGCCUUCCCCUCGAUUUGUUGGCCCUCUCUGUGCUGCUUGCCACUGGAGUGCUCUGCGGCUUGGGCUCUGUCUCGGAGCUGUCUCUUCUUGGGCGUCUCCUCGUGCGGCUGCAGGAGUGGGCUGCUGCGCUGCGCUUCCUGACAGAGACACUUCCGCAGCUGCGUAGCGGGAACAACGGCGGCGCACCAGCUGCAAGUGAGCCGUUGCCGAGUGUCUCCAUCGGGGCGCUGCAGCUGCUGCUGACGGAAGCGAGGCCUUGCCCCCGCAUCCGCGUCCCCUGCAGCUUAGCAGCUGAGAGGCUGCUGCUGAAAGGGCAGCAACUGCAGCAGCAGAUGAUCGUCGCGCUGGUCCAGGCAGAGCGGGAUGCAGCAGAGCAGCUGAAGCAGCACGAAGCGUUGCAUCAGGCGCGGAAGCACCGCGAGCAGAUUCUCCUGCUGCAGCCGCAGCAACAGCUUCACCUGGGAGAUGCUGUUGGGCAGGACCAUCGAUUCAGGGAAGAGCUGCAGCAGGCGGAGGCAGGUGUGGCAGCGGCAGAGGCAGCGCAUGCAGCAGCCGAAGCAGCAGUUGCAAGGAGCAACCAGCAACUGCUUGAUCUGGAGCAGCAGCUGCACAGCAGCGGCAUAGGCGGGCUCCAGUAUGAGCCUUUGUUCCACGAGCUCGUUGCUGCGUGUGCCUGGCAGCGGGAGGCCGAGGCCCUUGCAGCUUGUAUUGAAAUGGAGUCUGAUGCAUCACGCCAGCAACAGCAGCAAGCUGGGCUAGUGAGCAACCAGAAGCCACUGCCCCCAGCUUAUCGCAAUACUGCUCACUUGUGGCGGAUGGUCCAGGUGUACGAACCGUUGCAACGCGUGCUGGAGUUUGAAAAACGAGUGAGAGAGCUGCAAGUUGUGGGGCCGUUGCCGCAGCUAGUUCUGGCAGAGGGAGGAUCAGCGUCAGCUCCGGUGGUGCUGCCUGCAACAAAGGGACCAGCUGCUCUGCUGGAGCAGAAUUCCCAGCAGCAGCAGCCACAGCAGCAGCGGCUAUCGUGGGCUGAGUGGCUGUCUUUAGUCGAAGCGGCCAGUAACUUGGGGCUGGAUGUUGAGUCAGCAACUCUUGUGAAGCAGCUGCAUGCACGGGCCGUGAUGUUACAGCAGAAGGUGCAGAGUGCUGUUACAGCACAGCCGAUACCCAGUCUCGAGGCAGCACGUGUAAUGCUCAUGGAAGCUUCUAACCUCCCUGUGGAGACAGCAGGCAUAGGUGCAGUAUCUGCUGCCAUUGCCGCUGUUGAUGCGUGGGAGCAGAAGGCAGAGGCGGCCUUGCAGCAGCUGCAGCAGCAGCUCCAGCUGCAGCAACUGCAACAGCGCUGCGGGCUGCCACCGCAGCAGUUGCUGCAGUUGCAGCAGAACCAAGCCCCGAGGACAGACGCCCUCUGGGCCCUCAUAGAUGAAGCCUCAAAGCUGCCGAUUGCCCCGGAGGGAAUCCCGGCGUAUGUACGCCUUAAGAAGACUGCGGAGGAAGCUGAUAAGAAGCUGCUGAGCGAUAGAAACGUGGCGCAGCAGCUUCUGCUUUUGCAGCAACUCAAGGACGCUGCUGCUGCUCCUGCACCUGACGCCGCGCUGCAGCAGCAACAGCAGCAACUCUUGCUGCUGCAGAAGGGACUUCAUUCUGCCGCAGCAGCUGCGGCUGCAUCAUCAGGGGAACCAUCUGCCCUGCUCCAAGCUCAACAGCAGCCGCAGCAGCAAGCAUUCCAGCAGCCGUUGCAGCAACAGCAGCAGCCCUGCUCCAAGCUCAACAGCAGCCGCAGCAGCAAGCAUUCCAGCAGCCGUUGCAGCAACAGCAGCAGCAAAACCAACCUAUGCUGCAGGCUGGUGCCCUAG